AUGACUGAACAUGGGCUUGCAUCUACUCUUACUGAAAUGCCUCUUUUAACUCCACUGAUCAAUGGAGAUCCUAUACAUCAGAUGGAGAGUUAUCUGGAUACCACUGUUGGAACACAGUGUACUACUAAUUAUUCACAAAUGAUGACUCAUCCCAAGAGAUAUACCAGAUGGCCUUCUUGUCCUCAAUACUGGGUACAACAAAUUAUAUUGGUGCACGUUAACCCUGGGGAGAUCCUCACCAUCAAGUCCAAUGAUGGGAGCAUUCAAAAUAUUCAAGGACCUGCUGAUGUACCUUUGAUGUCACCAAGUGGUACUUUGCCACCAAUAUAUCUUCCUCCUGGUUACAUGUCUCAGGUGGUGGAAGAAAAUGGGAUUCGAAAAAUUAUCAUUGUGCCUCAGACAACCGACUACUACACGACCACGUCUGCUCCUGUACAAGUAUCACACCUCAUAGCACCAACUUUUAUGUAUCCACAAGCCACUCAACUGAUAUAUCCCACAUCUCAAGGGGAAUUUCUGCCACCUUACAUUCAAGAGCCUGUGCCGCAGCAACUGCCACCACCACCACUAGCAAAUUAUAACCAACUUGAUGAAAGGGCUGGUGAAAUGGAAGAACAUAUGAAGAAAGAAAUGCAAGAAAGCCAGAUUGAUGGACACAAAAAUAGCUGUAUGAUUACCAACACCUCACUGCUUUUGAACCAAGCUAAUGAUUUUUCCAAUAUUCCUGGUACUCUGAGCACUUACACUGUGGACUAUGCUCCAAGCACCUGCACUGUUGACAAUACUUCAAGCACCUACACUGUGGACAAUACUUCAAGCACCUACACUGUGGACAAUACUUCCAGCACUUACACUGUAGACAAUGUUCCAUGCACUUAUACUACCAAAGACACGUUGAGUACCUGCACUGUGAACAAUGCUCUGAACAUUUACACUGCUGACAAUACUCCCAGUACUGACACUGUUGACCACCCUCCAAGCACUUAUAUUACUGACAAUACUCCCUUGAAUUCUUCCAUUGACCAUGCUUCUAAUAUUUCCACCACAGACACUGAUCUGCACCCUUCCACCAGUGAAAAUAAUGUUCAGAGCCCUUCCAGCACUAAUUAUGCCUCCAAGACUUCCACCUCUGACAGCACUCCCACACCACCACCUAUUGACAGUACUCCAAGCUCUUCCAUUCCUGACAGUGCUCCCAACCCUCCCAUCUCUGAAAGUGCUCCAAGUACUUCUGCCACUGAAGUUGCUCUCAAUACAGCCAAUGCAACCAGCACUUCCAACACUGCUAGUGCUCAUGUUGAAAUUAGUCAUGGAAACAAAUGCAUCAACCCAGGAAGCGAAGACAUCAAGCAGAAACCAGGUGGAAAACAAAGCAAGAGUCUAUCAUCAAAUACUGCAGAAAAAGAAUGCAGAACAGAACAUGGAAAGUCUUGCUGUUUCAGCAUUGAGAAACCUGUAGUUUCCAAUAUUCAGACAAGCUCCGCUGUUAUUUCAUGGAAGACACAUGGUUCUGAGAAAUGCAAUCAUACUAAAUCCCCUGUAACAUUUGAAUUAGCAAUAUCUAACAGUGGUAAAAAUGGAAAAUACACAAAUGUAUAUACCGGUGAUGAAUUUACAUUUACUCUACUUGAUCUACAGCCAUUCAUGGUGUAUUUUGUAAGAAUUACAACUGUAAGAGGCUCAGCACACAGAACUGUGUCUAAAGUGGUUAGCUUCACAACUCCAGGUUGCAAACCAGACCCUCCACUUGAACCCAAACUGAUUAACCGAUCCAAGAGCAGCCUGAAUUUACAGUGGAAAGGUUCCAAUGGUAAUGGUUCCAAAAUAAACAGCUUCCUUUUGGAAUGGGAUGAGGGCAAAGGUGAAGACUUCAAAACUUGCUAUAUAGGUACCAUGAAACAGCACAAGAUCCUUAAACUGAAUGCUUCUACAAAAUAUUCAUUCAGAUUAGCUGCAAAAAAUAAGUUCGGCUUGAGUGAUUUCAGUGAAAUAGCAGUCUUCCACACAUCAGGAACUAUGCCUCCAACACCUUCACCCCCUAAGCUGAAAGAAGCGGGAGUCUGUAAUUUGUCACUAGAAUGGUGUGCCCCAACUAACACAAAUCCAAAUGACAGUCUUACUUAUGUACUAGAAAUGGAGGAAGCAGGAUUGGGGUUGGGUUUUAAACCUCAAUACAACGGAGAAGAUCUUUUAUGCACUAUAAGAAACCUUCAGAGAAGUACUACAUACAAGUUCAGGAUCUUUGUGUGCAAUACAGAAGGAAUAAGCAACCCUAGUAGAGAAGUAAAAUAUGCUACCUGUCCAGAUAAGCCUGGAUCCCCUAAAAAACCAUAUAUAAAGGGAAAGAUCCAUGCACACAGAGUAAAAAUUGGAUGGGAACCACCCGAAGAUAAUGGUGGGACAAACAUUUCAAGUUACAGUUUAGAAGUUAGGGAGAAUUUGGAUGUGAAUCUCUGGAACAUAAUCUACAAUGGAACCGCAAGGGAAUUUCUAUACAAUCACCUGCAACCUGGUACUACAUAUAAAUUAAGAGUCUUUUGCACUUCACCUAUAGGCCAUAGCCAGCCCUCAGAUAUAUUGACUGUUCAGACACCUAAUCUUUCUCCUGCAUCUUGCCGUCCUCCACCCUUGAAUGGUAAAGUGCAGUCCAAAGAAACCAACAUCCAAUGCAACAAUUCUCCUUCAAAAGGAAACUCUGAAGCACUUACAAAUGUCAAAAAGGCAACUGGUAACCAAGAUGAUGCACAAGGGCACUCUGGCUCAGAAGUGAGAGACACAUCUGGAUCUCAUUCGGCGACAUGUGAAACUGCUCCAGUCCCAAGCCCUCCUACUCAAUGUGGUAUACCUGUGCUAACCUGCAAGAGUCCAACCUGUGUUGUUGUUAGUUGGGAAAUUCCUGUAUGUAAUGUUGCAGAAAUCACUGAUUACAGACUAGAGUGGGGACAAACUGAAGAUUCAAUGCACUUGAUUUACACUGGCCCUUGUUUGAGCUAUGAAGUUAAAGGUCUCAUUCCUGCCACUAUGUAUUUUUGCAGAGUUCAGGUGAACAUCAAUCCAGAUGACAAAGGAUACGCCUCUCACGGACUGAAAGCAUGA